CUACACAGUAGGGAUCCGCACCCCCUGGUCCCUGGAAGGAUACCUUGGCAGGCCGCUGCCACCUCUCUUGCCUUUGUUUACCGCCCCGAAUCUCAACAGGAAAUACGUGCAGAUGUGUGCGUAUCUGCGUAUCUCGGUCCUGGCAGCGCCGGUUUCUUGUAGAGCUCCGAAUUGGAUUUAACUGGUGCUUCCCGUGGGUUCUGUAUCUUGAUCAGCAAACACUUCUUAUCAGUCUUACCUUCGUUUUGACGACGACAAAGCACUCCUUCAAUACCCCUUUUCCAUCACAAUCACAAAACAAGGAUUGCUCUGACAAUCCGUAAUAUCACCACCUCCAAAAUGCCCGGAUUUACCGCCGCCAACACCACCUACACACUCAACAAUGGAGUGAGAAUCCCCGCCGUCGGAUUCGGCACCUUUGCCAACGAGGGUGCCAAGGGCGAGACCUAUGCCGCCGUCAAGAAGGCCCUCGAGGUUGGGUACCGUCACCUAGACUGCGCGUGGUUCUACCAGAACGAGGACGAGGUCGGCCAGGCGCUUGCUGAGUUCCUUGAGAACAACAAGGACGUCAAGCGCGAGGACAUCUUCAUCUGCACCAAGGUCUGGAACCACCUGCACGAGCCCGAGGAUGUCAAGUGGAGCUUGCAGGACUCUCUCGACAAGCUCAAGGUUGACUACGUCGACCUCUUCCUCGUCCACUGGCCCAUUGCCGUCGAGAAGGACGAGAACAACAUGCCCAAGAUUGGCCCCGAUGGCAAGUACAUCGUCAAGAAGGAGCUCACCGAGAACCCCGAGCCAACAUGGCGGGCCAUGGAGGAUCUCGUGGAUGCCGGCAAGACGCGGUCGAUCGGUGUUUCAAACUGGACGAUCCCCGGCCUGCAGAAGCUCCUCAAGUUCGCUCGCAUCAAGCCGACCGUCAACCAGAUUGAGAUCCACCCCUUCCUCCCCAACACCGAGCUCGUCGAGUUCUGCUUCAAGAACCAGAUCAUCCCUACUGCCUACUCUCCCCUCGGCUCGCAGAACCAGGUCCCAUCGACGGGCGAGCGUGUCCGUGAUGAUCCCCUUCUCAAGGCUGUUGCCGAGCGCAGCGGGCACAACCUCGCCCAGAUUCUCCUCGCCUGGGGUCUUCGCAGAGGCUACGUUGUGCUCCCCAAGAGCUCGACCCCCUCGCGUAUCGAGAGCAACUUCCAGAUUCCUGUCCUCCGCGACGAGGACUUUAAGGCCAUCCAGGAGGUCGCCAAGGGCCGCCACUGCCGCUUCGUCAACAUGAAGGACACCUUUGGCUACGAUGUCUGGCCCGAGGAGUCGGACGGCCAGCUCAAGCAGGAGUAAUUGUUUGGUUGCGUGGAGUUUUGUCGACAUGAUUUAAUGACUGGGACGCGGGCGUGUCAACGGAGACGGAACGAUAGAGCGGUUGGAUACCAAAAUUCCUUUGUAUUGGAUAUCUUGUUAUGAUAGACAUCACCUGGUAGAUGGGCUGAGCAAGCGGAUGGAUUAGUUACCCUUCUCAUGUGUGGAAUUGGAGCCAUUUACAUACGAGUAUCAACC